AUGAAAGCAUCUCAUAGCGAUCAUCAUUUAUAUGCAAGUUAUGUAUCAACUUUAAAACACGAUGAUGAGAAGAAUGAUCAAGAAGAUCAGGAUGCAGUAUCUUAUGCAAGUGUAAAUCUUCACGUAUCCUCAAAUCUACGUUCAAAUCUUCGAGGAGCAUCAGUAAAACGUUCAACAAAUACUGUUAAUAAUCAUAACAUUUCAAAUGGUAAUAAACUGAUUAUAAAUGGAUCUUUAUUUGAUGGGCAAUUAUUUCAGCCAGUACGCUCAUCGUAUAUACUGGAUUAUCGGGAUACGCCACUUGACUUAAAUCAAUUUUUGGAAGGUCACAAUAUGAAACUAAGGCCAUCACAUUUAGAUGCCCAUUUAUUUAAACUUUCAUUUAUUAUAACAUUAUCAGAAGAGCAUGUUGAUAAGGAACUUUUGUUAGAUUAUUGUCCGCAUGACGAUAGUGAAAUAAAUGUGGUUGAGCAAAUGUCAUUUUAUAAAAAGUUUUGUUUUCCAGAAUUAAACUGUAAACAGAAAAAUGAAGGAACAUUACUUAAUGAAUCAUCGACAUAUAUAUUUACACGAACGAAUUCAAAAGGGCAAGUUGAAUAUGGAUAUUGUCGACGAAUCAUUCGUAAUAAUGAUCAAAUAAUCAAAAUACCGGUUGUUAUUUGUAUAGUUUCGAAUUAUUCAUAUUUCAAACUCUACGAUGCAAUUCUUAAUGAAUUAGCUCCAGCCUAUAUAUCCGAUGAGUCUGAAUGUAAUCUAUUAAUACAAUCAUUCUAUUCAAAACCGCUACCUAUUCCAACUAUUGAUUCAUCAGGGGUUGCCUGUAUAUUGAAUGACCGUCGUGUAUUUUUUUACGUUUGCCCAACUGAUGAUCGUCUUAAUCAUGACUAUUUUUCUACAUUACUCUCUUGCCUAUCACCAAGUAAUAUAACUCAUUUACUUGAAUCAAUGUUACGCUCAAAACGAAUUUUAUGUUUUUCAAAUUCACUUUCAAAAUUAACGAAAUCUUGUCUUGCACUAUCGCUUCUAAUGUAUCCAUUUAUGUGGCCUUAUCCAUUUGUCUCCGUCAUGCCAUCAUCAUGGCUGCACGAUUUACUUGAUUCACCAUGCCCAUAUAUAUAUGGUUGUUUAUACGAGACAAAACAACAAUUACCAACAGCAAUAGAAAAAGAUUCAUUAUAUGUUGACCUUGAUUUAAACACAAUAGAUGUGGGUAUUGAUGAUGGUUUUGUUUUGCCACUUGAUCUACGACAAAUAUUACAAUCGUCACUCGAAUAUUUAACCAGAUUUCGUUUGAUUAAAUCAAAUUUAAAUUUAAUUAAUAUUGCUGUUAGCGAAGCAUGUUUACAUGUAUUUAUUGAAUUAUUUCAUCGACUACCAAAGUAUUUUAAACGCGAUCAACUGUUUGCAAAAGUAUCCGACAAUGAACAAAAGUUUCCAACGGAUUCAAAAUCAUUAAAACGUGAAGAUAGUGGAAUUGAUCUUCAAUCAGUUGCAUCAAAUGAUAUUCAACAAGAAAUAAAAAAGGUUGAAUAUAAAAAAGAAGAAAAUCAUCUUGGUUAUGAUUUUCGAUCUGAUGAAUUUCUUAUUGAACAACCAACGUCGGCCUAUGUUGGGUUUCUCAAUGAUUUUAUUCAUGGAAUGAUUUUUCUUAAAUUUCUCGAUGAUUAUCAACGUAGUGAUAACAAUUCUGAAAAAUUAUUUUCAUUAUUUUCUCAACGUUUAAAUGAACGUAAUCGAAUGUCAAAUGAUGAAUUAUUAAUAAAUCCUGCUCUGCGUUUUCGACAAACAUUUGAUUUAUUAGAAAAACAAAUGAAAUUUUCAUCGAAAUCAACAAAUUCAAUUAUAUCAAAAUUUUUAAAAAGAUUUUUUUGA